AUGCCUUCCGCGGUGAUAAUGGAAGAAAAUUUUGACAAACUCCUGGAGCAAUGUGAAGCUCAAGAGCUCGAGGCACCAGGAGGCAUUGCGACCCCACAAGUAUAUUCUCAGCUUCUGGCACUGUAUUUACUACAUAAUGAUAUGAAUAACGGCAGGUAUCUUUGGAAGCGGAUUCCUCAGGCAAUAAAAGCGGCAAAUCCUGAAUUAGCAGCAAUCUGGACAGUCGGGCAGCACAUUUGGCAGCGGGAUUUUCCCGGUAUCUACACAUCUAUUGCAGCUUAUCAGUGGUCAGAAAAUAUUCUUCCGGUGAUGGAGGCCCUGCAAGAGAGUACGCGACAAAGGGCCUACGCGCUGGUGGCGCAGGCGUACACAUCCAUCACGGCCGAAGAUUUCGCGGCCUUUGUGGGCUACUCGGUGGAAGAGGCCGUAAAAGGUGUAGUAAGUCAGGGCUGGCAGGCAGACCCUACAACCAGAAUGGUUAUGCCUAAAAAGCCAGGUAGAGGGAUGACUGAAUGUCUCUCUGCUGUCCCCUUUGCAGAUCCUCCCCCUGUUUCAUCAGUUCCCAACGAGCAGCAGUUGGCCAGACUGACCGACUACGUGGCUUUCCUGGAGAACUGA